AUGUCCGCAAAUUCCACUCAUGCAAAUGUAACUGCAGAGAACGGCGAGUGCCAUUUCCAUGCAGACGUGCACCUCGCCGUCUCCAAGGACAUCAACUCCGUGUAUCAAAUCUUCCCAGAUGAGGUUCUUGGCUCGGGACAGUUUGGCAUCGUCUACGGAGGUAAACACAGGAAGUCCGGCCGAGAUGUCGCAAUCAAGAUCAUCGACAAACUCCGCUUCCCCACAAAACAGGAGAGUCAGCUGCGCAACGAGGUGGCCAUACUGCAGAGUCUGCACCACCCGGGCGUGGUCAACCUGGACUGCAUGUUUGAGACGCCGGAGCGAGUGUUCGUCGUCAUGGAGAAGCUCCACGGAGACAUGCUGGAGAUGAUCCUGUCCAGCGAGAAGGGACGACUGCCCGAGAGGAUCACCAAAUUCCUCGUCACGCAGAUCCUCGUCGCUCUGCGUCACCUCCACUUCAAGAACAUCGUCCACUGUGACCUGAAACCUGAAAACGUCCUGCUGGCUUCUGCAGACUCAUUUCCACAGGUGAAGCUUUGUGACUUCGGCUUCGCUCGGAUCAUCGGUGAGAAGUCGUUCAGGCGCUCAGUGGUCGGCACGCCGGCGUAUCUCGCCCCAGAGGUCCUCAGGAACAAAGGCUACAACCGCUCCCUGGACAUGUGGUCGGUCGGAGUCAUCAUUUACGUCAGCCUCAGCGGGACGUUUCCGUUCAAUGAAGAUGAAGAUAUCAACGAUCAGAUCCAGAACGCUGCCUUCAUGUACCCUCCUCACCCCUGGAAGAAAAUCUCCCAGGAAGUGAUCGACCUGAUUAACAACCUGCUGCAGGUAAAGAUGAGGAAGAGGUACAGCGUCGAUAAGACCCUCAGUCACCCCUGGCUACAGGACUACCAGAUGUGGCUGGACCUGAGGAACCUGGAGUCCCGCAUGAACGAGCGCUACAUCACCCACGAGAGCGAUGACCUGCGCUGGCACCACCACGCCCAGCUCAGCGGGCUCGACUACCCCCUGCACCUCAGCAACGGCCCACGCGGCGACAGCGGACCGGGGCUAGAACGUUACCAAGAACACGAGGAGCUGGAGACCCUCAGUGAAAGGGUCAGUGAACUCUGAGGACGAGAUGUCGACGAGAGGAAACACAAACACACGAACGAAAGAACGAUGACUGAAAAAGAUCAACAUUCAAACGAACACAGUAUUUGAGAGACGAUCCGAUUCUAGAGAUUUUUCCUUCCUGAUGCCGAUUCCAAUGCCUGGACUUGUAAAAACGACUUAAAGAAGAGUUUUAACAGCGCUAAGUUACUAACCUGUCAAGUGAUGAUUGAAUG